AAACUUUCAGCCUUAUAUAUAAGUUGGUAGGCGGUGUAUAAUAUAUACGAUCGAGACGAGCGAAGCUCAAACGUAUUCGCGCACGCGCAAAGUGAGACGCGUUUGGUGCAGUGUGAUCUGUAGAUCAAUUUUAAUAUGCAGUGUAUGUGCUAGUCAACCGAAGGAAAAAUGAGGCUGUCACUGCACCUGGCAGUGGUGCUGCUUGCAGUGUACCACACUUGCAAGGCAGAGCGUUCGCCGCGAGCGAUACAGUUCAGCUCCAAUCAAAACUAUGCAGUAAUUGGAUCUCCAAUUUCUGCUAACCUCGAUGAGGACGGUUAUUUCUACCCGAAGCCUAAGAUCCCCUUCCCCCCGCCACCGCCGCCGCCGCCUCCGACCAGGCCACCACCGCCGCCGCCGCCGCCACCAACCCGGCCGCCGCCACCACCGCCGCCACCACCAACUAGGCCCCCUCCACCACCACCACCACCGCCAACUAGGCCACCACCUCCGCCAGUCACAAGACCCCCGAUAACUCAAACUACUGGAUACUAUUAUGAUACACCGCGCAUACCUUUUGACUUACCUACUACUAGAAAACCAUACAUUCCUCCCCCUCCGCCGCCACCGCCAACCAGGCCACCACCACCGCCUCCACCACCCCCAACAAGGCCUCCACCACCACCAACAACAAGGAGACCUCCUCCGCCGCCACCACCUCCACCAACCAGGCCACCACCACCUCCACCUCCACCACCAACUAGACCACCACUAACUACAGGAUACACGUACCAAACUCCACGUAUCCCAUUCCCGCCGCCAACAAGGCCUCCACCGCCGCCACCACCACCACCAACUAGGCCUCCACCACCGCCAACAACAAGGAGACCACCUCCACCUCCACCGCCACCACCUACAAGGCCUCCGCCACCUCCACCACCACCACCAACCAGACCACCACCUCCGCCUCCUCCACCACCAACUACUUCCAGACCUCGCACGACAGGAUAUAUAUACGAAACUCCACGUAUACCUUUUCCACCACCAACAAGACCUCCUCCUCCUCCACCUCCGCCACCAACAAGGCCACCGCCUCCACCAACAACAAGGAGACCUCCUCCUCCUCCACCGCCACCUCCAACCAGACCACCACCACCUCCACCACCGCCACCAACUAGGCCGCCACCACCUCCAACGACAAGAAGACCUCCUCCACCACCACCGCCUCCCCCUACUAGACCACCAACCGUCAGAACGACGGGAUACAGUUAUCCGACCCCACAAGUACCUUUUACGUAUCCAACAACAACUAGGAGACCAUACAUUCCUCCAGUAACGCAGCCAACUACCCGUAGAACGUUUCCUCCAGUAACAUAUCUGCCCCCAACUACGACAAGGAGACCUCCUCCACCUCCACCUCCAACCAGGCCGCCGACACCACCGCCUACUAGACCUCCGACGUACAGAACUCCUUCAACAUAUCUGCCACCUCCACCGCCAACAAGGCCUCCAACUCCUCCACCAACAAGGCCACCACCUCCACCACCCACGAGGGCGCCUUCUACAUACUUGCCUCCUCCACCCCCUACAAGGCCUCCAACUCCACCUCCAACUAGACCUCCACCCCCUCCACCACCUCCAACUAGACCACCACCACCACCACCACCACCACCGACCAGGCCACCACCGCCUCCACCACCACCCCCGACUAGGCCACCACCUCCAGUGACUCCACCACCCUUCAAGACAACUGGUUACGAUUACCCGACACCUAAAGUUCCGUUUACUUUCCCAACGACGGCGAGACCACAGACCCGACCACCUAUUUACCUGCCACCCAGUACCACACGGCCGCCGAUCUAUAUUCCUCCUCCAACCACAAGAGCGCCUGUGUACAUUCCACCUCCAACGACGAGAGCACCAGUGUACAUACCGCCCCCAACAACCAGAGCACCAGUUUACAUUCCACCUCCAACCACCAAGCGGCCAGUCUAUAUUCCCCCUGCGACAACUCGGCCACCGAUCUACAUUCCCCCCUCAACCACACGAGCGCCCCCUGUAUAUAUCCCUCCUCAAACCACGAGGGCUCCAGUCUACAUUCCUCCUCCCACGACGAGAAGACCAUACACGACUCGACCGCCAUUCGUCGAAGACAAGGGCUAUUUCUACGACCGACCAUUGGUACCAUUCGUAUUUUAAUUUAGCUUAGCGAAGUAAAAUCCUGACGCAUCCUAAUCAAAAAGUGAUAUUAUUUUUGUUAUACGCUUUAUCGUUUGUAGUUGCAAUCCCAACUCGUGCAAGUGUAAUUUUUCUUGUGGAAAAAGUAUUAAUUUAUACGAAAUUGGAAUUGCAACUGCUUACUCAUAAACGUAAUUUGUUAGUGGUCACUGGUAAUAUUUCAUUAUCGACAUUAAAUUGGCAAAUUAUACAUUAACAAAUACUAAAUUGCCAGAAUAAAUUACAGUUUUAUUUGAAUUUACUUCGAAUUGUAAUUACUGAGUUCAUUAAACAACAAUAAAUUUUGGUGCGAUCAGGUAUUAAAAAUAAGUUGCCAUAAAUUGUGAUACCAAACGAGUACUACGUACUUACAGUCGCAAUAAUACUAUAAUAAUACUUUGUUAAUAACUGUUUGUUUAUGCAUUAGUAACUAGUUAUAUAUAUUGUAACGGUAAUACUCAUAAAAAUCGAAACGCGGAAACACUGCCUUCAACUAAUUCUACGUUUAAGAUUGUAAAAUAUUUUUAUAAAUAAAUAAAAAUAAUAAUAAA